CAACGAAGCGGAGGAACGUCCACUCGCCAUCGGGGGAGCCCCUUGCAAAAAGACGCAAUUCGUCUGGAAGAGCUAGCAUACAUACGGGACACGGAUCAGAGAAGCAAUUCGCGACGCAAGAGAGGGCGAUGGACAGCAGCGAAGGAACCGUUGACACUCCCGGCUCAACAAACAGGGCAGCCCAGGAUAACAAGCCGAAGAGAGUUCGGACGGGCUGCCUGACAUGCAGAGAGCGUCAUCUCAAGUGCGAUGAGGGAAAGCCAAUAUGCCAAAACUGCCGCAAGUCGAACCGGACUUGCAAGACUGGGCUGCGGUUGAACUUCAUCGACAUCCAAUGCACGCAGCCUUCCAUCAUGGCGGCUCCCGGGCCUGAAUAUCAGAUCGCCUUUGUCGAUGACUCGAGGGACAUCGCAAGCGAAUAUGAAGGUGGCCUAGCAAAGUACGGUCGUGUGGAAGAUAACAAUGCGCCUGUGGAUCGCAACGGGUUGCUCGCACAGAUGCCCAACAGCAUGGGCCCUCCCCAGUCUACACCACACCCCAACCUACCUCCCAUCCAAGCGUACGAGCGCCAAUCGCACCGCACGCCCUCGCACCACCACAGCCAUUCCCACAGUGAAUCUCCAUACACGGCCGGCGCCUCAUCUUACAGCGGGGAGCAGCCCCCGGCCCGGAGCGACGCAAGAGACUUUCUCGACACGCAGGAGGAGGUGCUAUUCAUGCAAGUGUUUGUGGAAGAGGUGGGGUUGUGGAUGGACAGUAUGGAUCCUAUGAAACAUUUCUCGCGUCUUCUUCCCUUCCACGCGCUGAGGGAGCCCAUGCUCCUGAAUGCUUUCCUGGCCUGCGGUGCGCGGCAUCUUGCGCUGGUGAACCCAAAGUACAACGAGGACAAGGCUUUGCACUACUACGACACGGCCACCACCUAUCUACUGAGCUCUCUGCAGGACCCAAACCGCAAUUCGGUAAUAUGUGCCACCACCGCCGUCAUCCUCAAUGUCUACGAGAUCAUGUGCGAAAGGGCACUGCAACGGAUGAACCAUAUUGCAGGCGCCCGUGCCUUGAUCAAAGAAUGCGGCUGGAACGCCAGAUCCACGGGCAUCGGAGCGGCUUGCUUCUGGCUCAACGUCGGCAUGGAACUUCUCAGCUGUCUGCACUUCAACUGGCAGGUCGCAUGGCAUCCCGAUGAAUGGGGGGUGGACAUGGACUUUUCACGCGAGACCGAGCCCGGCCAUGAGGAGAUAUGGACAUACCGGAUCGUCUAUAUCGUAGCCAAGAUAGCGAAUUUCCGUGCCACGGUGCCCCGGAACAGCGAGCAGAUGCGUGCCCCUGAAAGAUGCAACGAGUGGAAGCACUUGAAAGACCUGGCCGAUUCGUGGAACGAACGUGUCCCGCGGACGAUGCAUCCCAUGGCAUAUCUUUAUCCCGGUGAGACGCUCUCAGGCUCCGCAUUCCCCGAGGUGUGGCUCAUCAAGCGGACUGCUAUCGUGGCGAGGCUCUUCUACCACACGGCCAUGUGUCUCCUUGCGCAACUCAAUCCCCUCCAAAGCCCAAGCGAUCCCGAAAUGCAUGAGUUGCAGCAGCAGCACUCCAGGUUCAUCUGUGGGAUCGCGGCGCAUGUCAAGGAUCGCGGCGUCGCCAGCGUAGCCCUGCGAUCCCUCGCCAUCGCCGCCGAGUGUCUGGACAAUCGCCGCGAGCAGGAAGAAGUGCUGCAGAUCUUCGACAAGAUCCGGCAAGAGACGGGAUGGCGCGUGGGCUUCCUCAAUGAGGAGCUGAAGGAGAAAUGGGGGUGGAACAAUCCGUCGCAGCAGCAACCUCUACACCACCAGCAGCAGGCCCAACACCAACAACAACCGCAACAACAUCAACAACCACACCACUCCCGCACUGUCUCUGGCCACAUACACAACAACGACACCCUCCCCUAUCCACGGCAACAUUACUCUCCAGCGCAACAGCAACAUCAAUCACCACAACCACCUCCUCCCCAGCAUCCCCAGCAUCACCAACAACUUCAUCAACAGCAUCAACAUCAACCCCAAACCCAACCCCUCCUGCCAACACCCUCCCCCUCCCACCACCAAAGUCCAACUCAACACCAUCCAAACCCCACCCAACAACAUCACACAAACCACGCCCAACACCAGCAUCAGCAGCACCAGCAUCAGCAGCACCAGCAUCAGCAGCACCACCAGCACCACCCACCCCACCAACCCCAACCCCGCCGCCCUCCCCAAGGCAUCCUCAACCCCCUCCUCUCCUCGGCAGACUUCACCAUGCCCCAGCACCCUUACCAGCCGCACUACGUCGCGCCCAAUAAUCCCGUGCCCCACUUUGCGACACAGAAUCCCGGUGCGGCUGCGGCUGCGGUUGCGUCCGGGGGAACGGCGCAGGCGCAUGUGCAUGCGGAGCAGGGGGGUUAUUAUUAGGGGGGCUUGUGAGGGGAUAGGGGAGAAGGGAGGGAAGAAGGAGGGAAGG